CCCACUUGACACGCAGAUGCCAGAGCUUGAGAGAGUUUGAGCACUUUAAAACUUCGCCGUUGCUCAAUUUAAACCCGCUUUUCAGCCUCUCUGCUCACCGUUUGUUUCCGGAGGUGGUAGCAACGUUUGUGCUGCUGAAGAGAACAUGUCCAAUGGGAAGGAGGAACCUUGUACAGCGGACUCCUCAGAGAUGACCCUGAAAGAGAGUCUGGAUGAAUGUAUGGAGGCCUUGGAUCUCUUCCUGAACAACCACUUCAACGAGAGUCUGGAGAAGCUGCAGCCGAGGGUGAACGUGAGCAUGUACCACGCUCUCAUCUACGCCACGGUUCUGGAGAUGCAGGCCAUGAUGACCUUCCAGCACGACGACAUCAGCCAUGCAGGGAAUACCAUGAAGAUGGCGCAGGACGUGUGUCAGAGGGUUCGAAACAAAUCUUCUGGUUUGGUUUCCAAGAUCGCUGCAGAACCACUCACUGAAGAGCAGCUUCACGCUGAAGUGUGUUACGCUGAGUGUCAACUCCAGAGGGCAGCGCUCACUUUCCUCCAGGACGAGAACAUGGUGAGUUUUAUCAAAGGAGGGAUCAAAGUACGUAAAAGUUACCUCAUUUACAAAGAGUUACACUCGUUGAUACAGUCCAAUACCUGCGUGACCGGGCCGUGUCACAGUCACCUGGUGGGCGGAGUCUCUUUUGGAAUGGGUGCUUUUAAUCUGACGUUAUCGAUGUUCCCUCCUCGGAUUCUCCGGCUCCUAGAGUUUGCGGGCUUCUCGGGCGACAAGGACUAUGGCCUUUCUCUCCUGAACAACGGAGCCACAGCGUUGAACCUGCGCUCCAUGCUCAGUGCUCUGCUGCUGCUUUGCUACUACACCUUCCUCACGUUUGUCCUCGGGACCGGGGAAGGGGAAGUGGGCGAGGCCGAGAAAUUGUUAGCGCCUUUCAGACUCCGUUAUCCAAACGGCGCCAUCUUUUUCUUCUUCGCUGGUAGGACGGAGGAGAUCAAAGGGAACAUCGACGAGGCGGUGGAGCUGUUCGAGGACGGCUGUAAAGCACAGCAGGCGUGGAAGCAGUUCCACCACAUGUGCUACUGGGAGCUGAUGUGGUGCUUCACCUACAAGCGAGCCUGGAAGAUGGCCUACUUCUACGCCGACCUGCUGAGCCAGGAGAGCCGAUGGUCCAAGGCCAUGUAUGUCUACAUGAAGGCGGCCUGCCUGAGCAUGCUGCCCGAGGGCGAGAGCCGGCCGUUCGGAGAGGACGAGGUGGAGCUGUUCAGACAAGUGCCCACCUUCAAGCAGAGGAUAGCAGGCAAGUCUCCACCAACGGAGAAGUUUGCCAUUCGCAAAGCUCGACGCUACAGAGCCGAGCGUCCGAUCAAACUGCCAGUGCCCGUGUUGGAGAUGAUGUACAUGUGGAACGGCUUCAGCGUCAUCAGAAAGAGACCCGAGCUGACAGCUGGGAUGUUGGAGACGAUAGAGGAGGCGCAGCGCACCCUGCUGGAGACUCCUGAGCACGAGUCAUCGGCAGACGACCAGUGUCUGAUCCACCUGCUGAGGGGCAUGUGCUUGAAGAACCAGGGUCUCCUGGAGGCUGCGGAGCAGAGCUUCAACAGCGUGUGUGCUGGUGAGAAGAAGAUCAGGUACGAGCACUACCUGGUGCCAAACGCCAUGGUGGAGCUGAGCCUGCUGUACCACGACCAAGGCCGGCGAGACGAGGCCAUCAAAAUCCUGCACAAGGCCAAACACUACAAAGAGUACUCCAUGGAAUCCCGGACGCGCUUCAGGAUUCACGCGGCGCUGGCCAAGCUGAAGGCCGACCCCGGCGACGAGGAGCCGCUGGACGCUGCGCACACGUAGACUUGCUAUCUGGUUCCUUUUCAGCAAGUCAACGCCGGGGAUUUCCACUUGCUUGGGUGCGUGUCCUCUGCUGGUGACCUGGGAUGUGAUCCAGAUGAACUGCUGGCAAUGUUUUUAGAGAGGAACAUUUAACAGGAAGCCAAGUAGGAAGUGUCACGAUAGAAAAUUGAAUUCUGUUUUAGGGGACAUUUUACAUGAUGAUCAACUCGUGUAGAACCAUUUUACAGUGGAGCGGUUUUAAAGGACCAAGUCGGAGGCUAAACUUCGAUCUCAGCUUGAAGCACAAAACUGUUUACAAUUCAUCCAACGAAAUAUUUGUGUUUAUUUGCCAAUGUUCAGAUGUAUUUUGGGUCAGUGGCUGAUGUUUUCGUAAAUAAACCAAGGUAUUUAUGUCUGUUGAGAAGACUUGAGGCCUUCUGUACAUUUAUUCACCAAGGAAUCGUGUAGAAACGGAUAUGAGCCGAGGUGUUCAGGUCCAACAAACUAGAUGUUGAGUCCAGAUGGCGCUGAGCGAAGCCGGAACUUGCCUUAUUAAACACAGACUCAGGCCAAGAUCUGAUGGUUAAUUACGUGUGCAAGUCUGUCCAAGACUACGAGGAGGCAGCAGGCGGCGAGACCGCGGCCUCUGCUGCUGCCUGCUCUUCUUUCAGUCUGCGCUUCAUCAGUUUCUUCUUCUUCUUCUCCUCCUUCUCAAUCUCAGCCACCAUUUCCAGAAACUUGGGGCUGCGCGGGUCCACGGCCGUGCCAAAGCGCUCCUUGGCCUCGGCCACCAACUUGGCCCGCCGAGCCUUCUCCUCUUUCUGCUUCAGUUUGCUCUCGCGCUUGUCCCGCCGCCAGUCAGCAACCAUCUUGGGCAUCUUGGCCAUGUUGGCGGCGAUAAGCUUCUCCCUGCAAUCAAAAACAAAAAUGUUUAGCCACAAUUCUAAACUUCACUUUAAAGUUUUUAAUUGGCCUCUGGUUUCAAUUCCACAAUUAUUGCAGUGUCGUCAUUCUGGCC